CAUACACAUACAUACUGCGUUACGGUGUAUAAGUGUGAUAUUUUAUCAUAUGCAUUUUUUUUUUUAAACCGGUUGAAUCAUCAAUUUUAAACCAGUUGUUACACGGGGAAAAGGCUUUUGAGCGAGAAAGUUCCGUGUAAUGGCAAUGGAGUUUGAGAGCAAAGGGGUUUUUAACUUUCUCGCCGUCGAGCAUAAGGCUCCCAUGCAGGAAUGUGCUCCGAGGCCUAAGACAGACCAGGAUUAAGCCCCACCGAUGGGCAGGAACAAAGGGGCCUGAGCGGGAGAGUAGGAAAGACUAGUCAAGGAUAUCAAGGCCCCCAAGUAGCGCCCAACCGGAACCAUGAGCGCAGUGGUGAGACGGCUGGCCUCCUGUAUGCCCUCGGAUGCAGCCUCCACGCGGAGGGCAUCCUGUGGCACCUUGGACAUCACCGCAUCCUUUGCCAAGUCGGAGGCGAAGUCCCGGGAGCGCUGUGCUUCCAUCGGGGCACAGGACCUCCAGAAGGAGCAGCCUACGGAGGAGUACCUGAACCACAGAAGGCCCUCCUUAGACCCGUUGUGCCUCACUCCCAGGACACAAGCAUCCUUCGUCGAUUCGCUCAGAAGUCCUUUCCUGCACCUCCUUAAGCAGAGCUCCUUCUAUGAAUCCAAUGCCCCCCACAUAAGCUCUGCACACUCACCCAUAAAUGCCACCCACACACCCUUAAACUCCACUCACACGACCAUAAACUCUGCCCACACACCCACAAACUCCACCCACUCCUCAUUAAACACCCCCCACACACCCACAAGCUACGCCCACAGCCUGACCGCUCCAGAUGAGAAUGGAACAGCAGCAUGCAAGCAACGGCCUCCUGCAACAGCCUGCAAUGGCCUCCUGCAGGACGCAUCAUCGCGGCACUACCUCAUGCGGCGGAGACACACCCUACAGCAGGCGGACCUCGGUGCCAGUCCUGAGGUCCCAAACCCGCGGAAGAGCAGCGCGCCCUCCCUCAUGUCCUUCCCCGCCCUCUCACCAUGUCUGGAGGGCAAGAGCAAGGGUGCCAACUUCUUCCCCUUGGGCAGAAGCGAUGGCGACAGAGGCGAGGAAGAGCCGGACCAAAAGGAGAAAGGGGGAUGGGAGGGAAAGGAGGAGAAGAAGGAAAGAGAGGAGGAGGAGGAGGAAAAGAGAAGAGUAAGGAAAAUACCAAGGAUAUUUGUGUCUGAUGGUAAUGAUGAGCGGCGGCGGAGAAUCCUUGCGAGAGAAGUCCUUGAACGAAGGAUGCCCUUCUCUUCCGGGUCAUGUGGCACUCAUCCCGUGAGGUCAAAGAUCAUAUGCCUCUCUCACCCGCAUCGCCAUAUGCCCUCUUCUCAGGUACUGGGAUUUUCCGAGGCAGGAAAGACAGUCUCGGUGGUGGAUACACUUGCUCAUCCACCCAUGGCCAUCCGCCAUCCACAUCCACGCCCCCGCCCACGCCUACGCCCACGGUGGGUGCUAUCCUUGGCCGAGGGGGCUUUGGCACUGUGAAAGUCGGGUGUUACAGAGGUACUGUGGAGGAGCAAGAGACCGUAAAGGAAGAGUAGAAUUUUGGAAGAAGGGAGAUGGUGGAAGGUAGAAAGAGAAAGGAGAUGGUGGAAGGUUGAAGAAGGGAAG